GCAGCAGGGCAGCAGGGAUUGCAAAAAUCAAAAAUCCUGAACAUGGAUAUGUCGUCGCCCGAGUCAGGAUGCAACGCCCUCCUCGCGUUAAAAAACUCUGCAUUAAACAUCAUGAAAAAAAUGUUAGACAGGAAAAACGAGGAAGAGGUGCGGAUUAGAGUGACUGAGAAGCACCUGGGAGAAUUGCAUUCUAAUAUUAAAAUGGAGGGGGAGAAAAUCAAGAAUCUAGAAGCUGAGCUGCAGUCCGAAAAGCGCUACCUCGAGAACAGCGAAACUACACUGAACACGCUUCAAAAUUCUCAUGAUAGCUUGGAACAGCAAGUAGGCGAAUUAGAAGAACAACUAGUAAGAGAACGCAAAGCGACAAUUCGCGAGAAGGACGAUUGUGACACUUUCAUGAACAAUGUUCGCACAGACUACAACAAACAGCUCGAGCUCAUUUGCAGCAUCAAGGAUAGUUUCGGAAUUUUGCAAUUUGAACGCAACGUGGAAUCUCUGAAGGGAUCUCACACUGAGAAGAUGCGAUAUCUGCAACGCUUACGAGCAGAGAUAGAUCACCUGAAGGAACACAAAAAUUUUAGUAAAAGUGACGACCAGAACCAGUUUAUAGUGCAGCUAGCAAAGACGAAGCUGAAUACCGAAAAACUGAGAGAGGAGCUGAGUAAGGAAGAGAGAGAAAUUGUCUCACUUCAGACUACCAGAGAUGAACUGCUGAAGCAGAAGGAACACGAAAAGACCCUAGCAACCAGAAUGAAAACCACGAGUUCUCUACAGAUACCAGCUCUUCCGAAACUGCGACGUUUUGAGAUGCCAUCACUGCUGCCAAAAUGUAGUUUCCCAUCAACAGCAUCCAGAACUGCACCAAUGCCAACGAAAGCAAUCAACUUCCGGCUUCCUGCACUCAAGCCAUUCAGCCGCAGUAAACUACCAGCCAUAUCUUCUACAAUGGCAGAACAGAUAGUCCAACGUGUGGCUGCUGUUCAGCCCAAGAGUGCCUUCAACGUGCAAGGAAUUAAAUCUAGCAAUCAUCAGGAAGAGGCUGCUACAGAAAAACUCGGUCAUUACACUGUCCGACGAGACACACAGAGGACAUCACCACUCUUGAAACGCACUCCUCUGGAUAAAAUCGGCGAUACCUUAAAGUCUGAAAAGAGACAGAAGGUUGACCAGGAAGUUCAAGAUGGCACCACAAGUCAGAACAGGACCCUCCAGGCAUGUAAAGUCAACGGUGGUAAUAUUCUGGAAGAACCCCAGCCCUCGGCAGCUCCCCAGUAUAAGCCAGAUAGCAACACCGUAGUAGGCUCUGUUGACAAUGUGGGAAGCCCUCUUCCGAGCUCUCCUUCCAUGAGCCAAUCGCAGUACCUUGCACUGUUGAGAACCGCACCGGAGUCACCGGAAAGCCGAGAGAGGGGUACCGCAGGAAGGGAACCGUUACUACUCUGGACUACGAGUACCCCGAAGGGUCACCACACGACGCAGAACGAAGACGAGGCACUUCCGACGCACAGAUCCUUUGGAGGGGAGUCGGACAUAUUUGCGGAGCUGGAGGACACCCGUCCCCAAACUCCGGCUGAACAAUUUAACAUGUUUGGGGAUACGGACGAAGAUAAAGCCGGAGGGUCCGUCGCAUUUGCAUUUACUUUCACGGGGUCAAGGAAAUCUGGACCAACAACACUGUUUUGAGAACAUUCACUAUUUAUUGCCCGUCUCUCGGGUGUGUACGCACGUAUUUACUUUCACAUUACCAGUCCUACCAUUAGUAUAGCAUUAUAUCGCAUUUUCCGGUGCUAUUCUUAAUGGAGCAUUAAGCUAUCUAACUGUAAUCUUCCAGUUAUUUGCUAAAGCAUAUUACAUUUUCCCGUAGACUGGUUAAGGGAGCCUGUAAUAUGCAAUUAAUCGCGUAUGCAUCGCAGCUUUCCCACAUUUUGUUCUGUAUUGUUCAAAAUAAAUAA